UUUGACAUGUAAAGAGCAUAAAAUUAAAAUUGACAACAAGUUUAGGAAACUGCCGCCAGCUGUUGGCAAAAUGUGUAACUUUGAUUGCUGCGCGCUGAAGACGGCGCUGGAUCAUCGGCGCGUGCGUCUGCUGGCCGAGAAGCUGCUCAAGGAGGAGCUGGCCAAUCCGCCCAAGAUAUUGCUGACGCCGCCAACGCUGCUCUACAGCUACGAGCAGAUACUGGCAAUGGCGCAGUUUGUCGUUGCUCGCAGUCAAGUGAAACCCAAAUUCGGCAUCAUAUGCGGCAGGUUGAGCAGCUUAGCCCAGAUGGUGGAUAAUCCGGUUAUAAUAGACUAUGCGGAGAUUCCUGGCUUUCCCAUCUGCACAGCGCCUGGGAAUGAAAGCAAACUGUAUAUGGGCCACAUCAGCGGCGCACCCGUUAUACUCAUGAGUGGACGCUUUCAUCCCUACGAGGGCAUCGAGCUGUUCCAAUGCGCCGUGCCCGUGCGCAUGAUGAAGCUCUGCGGCAUUGAAUAUCUCAUUACCAGCUGUGCUGCUGCCGCUGUGGACAAGAGUUACAAUGUGGGCGACGUGUUACUGGUCAAGGAUCACAUCAAUAUCUAUGGCCUGAUGGGCCACAGUGCGCUAAUCGGACCAAAUGAUGCGCGCUUUGGGCCCAAGCACAAGCCCAUGGUGAAUUGCUAUGAUCGCAAGCUGCUGGCACGCGCCAUUGCGGUGGGUGAAUCGUUGGGAUUCCAGGAAGAUAUGCACAUAGGCAUCUACGCUUGCAUGGGCGGCCCAGCCGAGGGCACAGCGGCCGAGGAGCAGCUGCUGCGACGCAUUGGCGCCAAUGCCGUCGGCGUGGGCAUGGUGCAUGAGAACAUAUUGGCACGCCAUUGUGACAUUAAGGUCUUGUCCUUUUGCCUCAUCUCGCAGCCUUCGCUGGACCGCGACAUCAGCACUAUACUGCAGCAUACGGAAUAUGGCAAAUAUGUGUGCACGCAGCUGAUCGGACACAUUAUCUAUAGCAUACAAUUUGAAGGAUUAUAAAGCUAAAUUUCAAGUUAAGGGCUUGCGCGCGCGCGCGCCACUGGGGCGUAUGCGUAUUAUGUAAACAACAAAUUGUUAACCGCAAAUUAUUAUGAGUUGCUAAUAGUACAUGCCAAAUGUAAAUGUAAAUGCAUUAAACCAAAGUCAAGCCUGUUAUAGAGACAAUAUGUUUGCCUACUUUGUAUACAAAUUACGCUGCUGC